AUGGAGAAGGCAUUUUCAAACCUCGAAGAAAGUUUAAAAAACACGGAUGAUAAAAUUGAAUCAAUUACCUGGAGACUGGAGUCUUUUGAAAAAGAAUUUCCUUCUGGAGAAAAUCAGGAUUCAGUAAUGGAAUUAAUCCAAACAGUAUCAGAAAUAACAGAAGAUUACCUGAACCUCCGAAAAGAAAUGCAAGAAGUCCAGCAAAUUCAAAAAGAGUUGACUGAUUCUUUAAAAUCAAAAGUGUCUCAUGUUCAAAAGCAGUACAUGAUGCUGAAAGAGAGGGUGAUCCAGUCUCAAGCGUACAAGGACUCCAAGGAGCGAAAGUAA